ACCUAUCCUUCUACAUAGUGGGCAUCUCUGACAGCAUAAUAGUCUUCACUGUCACAAUUGAAAUGAUCAAGGAUCCACUAGCGUCCAUUGUGACAUUCAGAAUCCUCGUCUUCAAAAGCGUUUUUGAUUAUAUUCUUCACAAAUCAAGGAUCCAUGGCUGUUACACGGUGGUCUGUCCGGUUCUGUAUUUAAGAAGCGUUCAAGCAUGCCUUCAUUGACCUGGGUUGACAGCAACACAACUUGUGCUCAAUGCUUCAAACCAUUCAAUAGCACCUUUUUACAUUGUUUCUAUUAUUGUAAAUGGUAUUGGUGGUGAGUCUAUUUACCAAGAAGUAGUUGCAUGAUGCAACCAAGAGAAGGGACUAGGGCAGACACAAGGGACUUAAACAUGUUGCAUGUUUAGUUGAGCCGGCAACAAAUAUGACAAAGUGAACAAUUUACAUUUGUAUUUAACAUUGUCUUUCAAGAGAUUACUUGUUUUAUAAUUUGGUAUGAUCAUUGCUAUAUUUUCUAAGACAGCGUUUGAAACUGCAGCAGCCAUUGAUUCUGUUUACUUUGAGAGGUUUUUAAAUAAUUUUUUGUUUGAUUAUAAAUGGAACAGCAGGACAGUAAGUGGUGACGAUGGCUCUCUGGAUACCUCAACACAAUCCUCCAUAGUUACACGACAACCUUUUCCACCACUUCCUGGAGUGAGUUGAAUCAAUCCCAAGAGAAGUAAACAGUUUGUGUCUUCCAGCGAUCCUGCAUGACUACUCACAGGGACAGCCGAGACCAAACAGGGAAAGGAUGUUCAGAGUCAUGUUGCAAGCCUCUCUGACUCUGACUUUGUUUUGUUCCAGACAUCGCCAAUACAAUGGCGACUCUGGAAAUCACAUGGCUUAAGUCUUGCUCUGGAAGAGAAGCCUUAAUACUUCUGGCUUUUUCGAGUUCAUUUAAACAAUUGUAUUGACCAAUCUAAAUACAACUUGAUGGAUCUAUAAGCAAAAGUAGAUGGAAUGAUUCAUAUGGCUCGACUUCUCUGGGAAUGAUGUGUCUUUAAAAUAAGUACUCUGAAUCCCCCUCCCCUCUCUUUACCCUGUCAACAUUUGAGAAGUGAGUGUGCAAUAGGCCACGGCUGGAAAGGAGAGCACAGUGGAGCAGAAAAGGUGGAGGGGCUGUGGGUUAGAGGUGUGUCUUCUCCUAAUCCUUUGGUCCAACUAAAGUGCUGCAGGGUUUGCUGUAGCUUUUUCGGUGAAAACCUUCUAAAGUUUUACUUUGGAGGCUUUUGUCAAUCUCGUCGGAGUUUUGUAUUGUGGAAUCAGUUGAGGGCUUCAGUGGGUGAGUUUUUUCCUCUCUCCCUCCCUCUAAGUGUGAGUGUUUGGGGGAUGUAGGAGGUCCUUGCCUGCUGAUGUCAUUGAGUGCAGUGGGCCUGGGCUGAAAGGGGCCCUUUGUUGGCAGCUUGUAGCAGGAGCAACUCCCCGUGCUUCGGACACACACACUCACGCAGGGCAAAAGAGAGAGAGAGAGGGAGAGAGAGGGGAAUGGCACUAUUUUGUCCUUGCCGCUGCCCACUCAACUGACACAUCUGCAUGUCUAACACGCGCUUCAAACGAAAUACACACUUUUGGAUGUAUCUGUUUCAUCUCUGCGUGGCGCUGAGGAUAUCCAGGGAGGAAAACAAGAUGGAGCUUCUCCGAGCGGAGAGUUUGUAACAGUCGUCGGGACGGAGGAGCCAAGUACACUUUUCCUUUUGAGUUUGAGUGUGAGGUGAAGUGCAGAUCGCGGACUGACGACUGUUGCCGGGACCUGUGUGAGGAAGGCUUUCCCAUGUUUGCUUCCUAUUAUUCCAUGUGCUUAUAGGCCUAUGCCUUUUUUUUAUUUAUUUUUUACUAUUCCCCCCCUCCUCUUGAUGAUCCCGUUUCUCUCCUGCUAUUCGAAUGUCGAAGGAAAACAGUUGAGCGACUUUGGAUAUCGUCAAGGAAAAACUUAUUUUGGAAGCAGGAAGUGAAAGAAAGCAAAUGAAAAUGUUGGAGAUUUGCCUGAAAUUGGUGGGGUGUAAAUCUAAGAAGGGCCUGUCGUCUUCCUCCAGCUGUUACUUGGAAGAAGCUCUGCAGAGACCAGACUUUGAGCCCCAGGGUCUGACUGAAGCGGCCCGCUGGAACUCCAAGGAGAACCUUCUGUCCUGUCCCAGUGAGAAUGACCCCAACCUCUUCGUUGCCCUCUACGACUUUGUUGCUAGUGGCGACAACACCCUCAGCAUCACUAAAGGGGAGAAGCUGCGCGUGCUGGGCUACAACCACAAUGGCGAGUGGUGCGAGGCGCAGACGAAGAACGGCCAAGGCUGGGUGCCGUCCAACUACAUCACCCCCGUCAACAGCCUGGAGAAGCACAGCUGGUACCACGGGCCUGUGUCGCGCAACGCCGCCGAGUACCUGCUCAGCUCGGGCAUCAACGGCAGCUUCCUGGUGCGGGAGAGCGAGAGCAGCCCGGGUCAGAGGUCCAUCUCCCUGCGCUACGAGGGCCGCGUCUACCACUACCGCAUAAACACGGCGUCCGACAGCAAGCUGUACGUGUCGUCAGAGAGCCGCUUCAACACGUUGGCAGAGCUGGUGCACCACCACUCAACGGUGGCGGACGGCCUCAUCACCACCCUGCACUACCCGGCGCCCAAACGCAACAAGCCCACCGUGUACGGCGUGUCGCCCAACUACGACAAGUGGGAGAUGGAGCGCACCGACAUCACCAUGAAGCACAAGCUGGGCGGCGGGCAGUACGGCGAGGUGUACGAGGGGGUCUGGAAGAAGUAUAACCUCACCGUGGCCGUCAAGACGCUCAAGGAGGACACGAUGGAAGUGGAGGAGUUUCUGAAGGAGGCGGCGGUGAUGAAAGAAAUCAAACACCCCAACCUGGUCCAGCUCCUGGGGGUCUGCACACGAGAGCCCCCGUUCUACAUCAUCACAGAGUUCAUGACCCACGGCAACCUGCUGGACUACCUAAGGGAGUGCAACCGCGAGGAGGUGAACGCUGUGGUGCUGCUGUACAUGGCCACGCAGAUCUCCUCCGCCAUGGAGUACCUGGAGAGGAAGAACUUCAUCCAUCGGGACUUGGCGGCCCGGAACUGCCUGGUGGGGGAGAACCACCUGGUGAAGGUGGCGGACUUCGGUCUGAGCCGGCUGAUGACCGGGGACACGUACACGGCCCACGCCGGGGCCAAGUUCCCCAUCAAGUGGACCGCCCCCGAGAGCCUGGCCUACAACAAGUUCUCCAUCAAGUCUGAUGUGUGGGCGUUUGGCGUGCUGCUGUGGGAGAUCGCCACCUACGGGAUGUCCCCAUACCCGGGCAUAGACCUGUCCCAGGUGUACGAGCUCCUGGAGAAGGACUACCGCAUGGACCGACCCGAGGGAUGCCCUGAGAAGGUCUACGAGCUCAUGAGAGCCUGCUGGAAGUGGAUCCCUGCAGAGCGUCCAUCCUUUGCUGAGACCCAUCAGGCGUUUGAGACCAUGUUCCAGGAAUCCAGCAUCUCUGACGAGGUGGAGAAAGAGCUGGGGAAGAAGGGGAAGAAGUUGACCCUGGGGCCCCUCCAGCAGGCCCCCGAGCUGCCUACCAAGACCAGGACGCUGCGCAGGAACCACCGGGAUGGAGACAGCCCAGACCCGCUGGACCCCGACGGGGCGGUGUCGUCCCCCAUGCUGCCCAGGAAGGAGCGGCCUGCGACGGACGGCCCGCUGAACGAGGACGACCGCCUGCUGCCCAAGGACAAGACACGAAGCAGCGGCUUCCUCAGCCUCAUCAAGAAGAAGAAGAAGAACGCCCCGGCCCCGCCCAAACGCAGCUCCUCCUUCCGGGAGAUGGACGCCCACGUGGAGAGGCGGGGCCAGACGGCCGACCAGGCCCGCGACACCGACGGCUUCAGCAGUGACCAUGACCCUCUGAGGUUAUUGUCGCUGAACAACAACGGCUCGCCCGGCUGUGUCACCAACGGGGCCCCCUCCUACCCCGGGCCCCUGUUCCCCCGGAAGAAGGGGGGCCCUGCAGCACCCGGCCAGGCCGUCAAGGGGCCCGGAACGCCCCCUGGCGAGGAGGAGCUGGUGUCCAACUCCAAGCGCUUCCUGCGCUCCUCCUCGACCUCCGGCCUGCAGCCCGGCCCCCCGGGGAGUGAGUGGCGGUCAGUCACGCUGCCCCGGGACCCCGGCCACCGCCACUUCGACUCGUGCACGCUGGGGGGCAAGCCGGCGCUGCCCAGGAAGAGGGCCAGCGAGCAGAAGGGGGAGGGGGACCCUAGGAGGGGCGCCCUCACCCCUCCUCCCCGCCUGCCCAAGAAGGGGGAGGAGGCGGGGGAGGAGGUGUUCAAGGAGCCGGACCCCGGCGCCUGCCCCCCCCACGCGCUGACGCCCAAGCCGGUGCGGCGGCCGGGGGGGCUGGAUUGCUCCCGGACCAGCGCCCUGCAGGCGGAGCUGCUGAAGCCCAACGUCUUCCCCGCGCUGGGCGCCGCCGCCGACGAGUGCCGUCUCCGCAGGAACAGACACGGGGACGCCUCCCUCAGGGAGAGGGGCAAGUUCAGCAAGCCCAAGCCGGCGCCUCCCCCUCCCCCGGCGUCCAGCUCAAAACCGGGCAGGGCCCCGCGGAGCCCCAACCAGGAGCCCCCGUCCCCCUCGGAGGGCAAACCCAGGAGCCCUCUCUUGGAGGCCUCCCCUUUUACCGACCCACCCCGCACCAAACUGCCCCUGGGCUCCGGCGGCGCCAAACCCCAGACCUCCAGGAGCUCCUCCGCCUCGGUGUCGGCCUCCGUCUCCUCCCAGAGCCUGGGGGGCUUCUCCUCCUCCCCGCCGGGCGAGCCGCCCAGCGGCCCCACGCCCGCCUUCAUCCCCCUCAUCACCACGCGCCGCUCCCUCCGCAAGACGGCGCCGCGGCAGCCAGUGGAGCGGGCGGCCAGCUGGGCGGUGACCCGGGACAUGGUGCUGGAGGGCACGGAGCUGCUGCGCUGCGCCAUCGGACGCAACUCGGAGCAGACGGGCAGCCACGGCGCCGUGCUGGAGGCGGGCAAGAACCUCUCCAAGCACUGCAUCAGCUACGUGGAGUCCAUCCAGCAGAUGCGGAACAAGUUUGCGUUCCGCGAGGCUAUCAACAAGCUGGAGGGCAGCCUGCGCGAGCUGCAGAUCUGCCCCGCUGCCUCCGGGGGCGCCAGCGGGCAGCAGGACUUCAGCAAGCUGCUGUCCUCCGUCAAGGAGAUCAGCGACAUCGUGCAGAGGUAGCGCUCAGCCCGGGGAGCGGCCGCAGCCGCACGCAGGGGAAGACCACGGGAAACUUGAACGCUGGGCGCUAGCGGCUAACUGUAUGCAACGCCCCCCCCCCCCUUUCUGUUGGCUAGCUGUGUUUACUAGUGUCGGUUUCCGUCUGAGAGUGGGGGCCUGUGCUCACAUAAUGGUGGAGGGGAGGGGGAAGAGUGUCAACAGAACAAGGAACACCAAAACAUGUCUGCUGUGGUACUGUGUGUGGGAACCAGUCCCCCUGAGGGGGUCAGAGUCAUGAGAGCUUUAACUAUGAAUGGACCUCACAUCCUCUUGAUCAUUAGGUGAUCAUUGAGGGUCAAUCAAUGUUUCUUGGAAGGUUUAGGUCGUUCCUCCAGGGAGCCCAGUGCCGUUCUGUUUCAAUGUGCAAACACAACCCUGAACCUCCGAGCAAUGAGAUAGACUUGUGACAUUCAAACGCUGUUUGAGUUUUUAGUUCUUUCAAACCUGGGAGAUGUCCUGAUGUCAUGAGCUACUCUUAGAUUAUUGUUUUUUUAUAUUUGCAUAUUUUUAUUUUACAACUUCCCCUGACUUUGUACCCUGUCCCCUCCUCGUGUGGUCAGAGAUGUCCAGCCAGUAUUCGGUGCUCAUUGCACCAUCAUCCAUCAAGGGUUGAUGGACAGAUGCAAACAAGGUGUAUUGACACCUUUGGGGGAAAAAACCAACGUAUAUAGAUAUAUCGCUGCACAAUAUGGAAAUGAUUAGAGCCAAAUAGAGCAGUGGUGCUAACCAUUCUAGCGAUGAGGGAGCAGAGCUCCACCACUGACUGUCAAAGUGCCUGAUUGAUGUUCUCCGACUGAAUCUGUUUUACAACUUUUAACUUUUGUUUUAUUUUUAGUUUUUUUACGAAACUAGCCACUUCGAGCCGAAAGUAGCAGAGUCGGUGAGGUGGCUGCAUUCCAGUGUCUCAUAACAGAGCAGGUGGUCAACCGAGGAUGACCGGACAUCACGCGGCCUUAAUGCUGUUUCUACCCGAGCAGACUGGACAGAAAUUAACCUUAAAUGAUGAUACGUACGUGUCACUCGCUGUCUUAAAGACUGAACCUUAAAGUGAGAAGCUCACCGGCAGACUCAACAUAAACUCAUUCCACUGUAACGUCAAACUUUCCUUUUUGUACUGCAUCUCCUGUCUGAACCAUGAUGUUGUACGUAUUGAUGCUGUAACACACGUGCCCUCUCUGACUGCGAUGCCUCUGGACGGACCAGCUGCCCGGCCCUGGUCAACGUGGACCUAUGGUAUUGAUUGCCUUUACCAAUAAUGCCACUAUUUUUGUUUAGUAACCGAGCCUCCUCACUUACUCGUUUUCUCUGUAAAUAGUUUUUGCUUUGUUCCUUUUUAGCCUUUGUGCAAUUUUUGUUGCAAUAAAGUAAACAUGAACUGUUACUUGAAAACCAACGUUGUGGUGGCUCUUUCUCCGUCUGUAUAUAAUAUAUAUUCAGCAUGGUUCGGGUACGGCCUGGCUUAUUCUCUCCCAGUAUCUAAACUCUUGAGUGGUGUCCAGGUGUAAGCAGAUGCAAUAAACCCCCAUGUCUCAUGUAUUUCA